AACAUGCGCAUACUACAUGACUUCAAACUAAUCAAUGAAAACUGUUGGUAUAUAAGCGCUGACAAAUAUUUAUCUAAGACUUUCGAACGCGCUCAAUUAAGAGACGAUUGACCAUGUUGACAUGAAAUUGGAAAAGUCACACUGAUACUAUUACGAGUAACAUGCUUUAACCGUUACCUUUCUUUGCUUUUUCGUCGGGGAUGUUUUGCGCCCUUAGCCUUUGAUCGAGGAUAUACACCAUUUCACCUCCUAAGUUUAUGAACAGCAACGGUAGCGUUUUUUGGGACAUUUUUGCAGAAAGUGCCCUAGCAACAGUUCGUAAAUCCGGCGACGGUUUAUACUGUACCACAGGUGUUUUCUCGUCAAAUACGAGACGAGAAUGAAGAGUGACAUUUGGCGGGAAGUUUGUACUUUCGCUUUGCAAUGCAUAGUACCAUGUGGAUUGUUACUAAUUAGUUUGGUAUAUGUUGUUGCCUUUUUUCAACAAAAAAGGAAAUACAAUCAUCCACCAAGCUGUGGUCGAAUACCAUGGAUAGGAUGCGUUUUGGAAUUUGGUGCGGCACCAUUGGAAUUUAUGGGAAAGAAAAUCGAGGAGCUUGGACCACUGUACACAAUACAUUGUAUGGGUCAGACGCUACAUGUCCUGACCAAACCUGAGUUAUACCAGACAUUCUUUGAUUCCCCGAACUUGGACUUUGAAGAAACAGUGUUUGAUGCUAUUACUAAAGCAGGUUUGAUUAACAAGGCCUUGUUCAUUGAGCGGCAUACCAAGUUGUACCAUGCUGUCAAGUCAGCCGUGUCCCCACUGAGGAGUGACCAUGUGUCCGCAACUAUGUGUCACAAAUUCCGCGAACAGUGUCGUCAAUUCAUAAACAUUGGAGUUGAAACCAGUCUGUUUGACAUUAUCAAGAAGUGCAUGUAUUUGCCAAUCAUCCAGGCACUGUACGGUGAUAAUGUUGGGUUUAGAAACAAGGAGCAUUAUCUGAAAUUCAUGCAAGCCUUUGAGAGAUUUGACAGAGACUUUGAACUUGGUGUCCAGUUGCCAUCAAUAUUUACACCCAAGUGGAAACAGGCGCGGAAUUAUUUACUGAAGUUCAUGAUCAGUAAAUUUGAUGAAGAGUCUAAAAGAGGCCAUGACCUGACGCUGUUUGAUGAGUUAAAGAUUGUAACAGGAGAGGACGCCCCUAACUAUGCCAUGAUGGUCAUGUUGGCGGCUCUUAGUAAUGCUGUACCGGUUGCAUUUUGGACAUUGGCAUAUGUUUUGUCCAAUGAAAGGGUUAAUAACAAACUGCGGGCAGAAUUGGAUGAACUUUUAGCUGAAAACAACUAUGACUUUAAUCCGGAGUUGAACUCCGCUGACCUGAAGCGGCUGCCAUACCUGUCGUGUUGUAUCCAGGAAGCACUGAGACUUUGUGCCGAGGGUGUUGUCGGCAGAAGGGUUGUCAAGGACUUCAAACUCAUGGGCUAUGAUGUACCGAAAGGCGGGAUGGUGGUGCUAUGUCCGUACUGGGCCCACAGAGACGAGCGCUUCUUCCCUGACCCUCUCACAUUCACACCCGAGAGGUGGGAGAGCAUUCCAAUAAACAGGAUGUCAUACAAACAGGGAUUUAUUGCCUUUGGUGGAGGAAAAUCUCAGUGCCCAGGACGGUUCUUUGGUUACAUGGUGAUUCAGAAGUGUGUAGCCUCAUUUCUACUCCAGUACAACUGCACAGCGCAUUCACCAGUACCCAAAUUUAGCAUGCAGCACUUGGUGGGUGUACAACAUCCAAUGGAAGACUUCAAGGUCACCUGCAACUAUAGGUGACCCUUACCGCAGAUACAGCAGGGGCACUGGGAUGAUAUGUGAACUGGGAAAUUGAACUGUUAUGUCCACAUUAAGGAAGCUGGUCUUGUGAUUUGACAUUUUUAAACAUGGAAUUCACUUCUGAUGUGAUAAAAACAAUGACUGCAUGGCCUAAACAGAACGAGACUAUUCCGAGAAUUUGUUUACAGUUCAGCACAUGCAUGUCAAAGCCAAUCAUAUGUCCUGUGAAAUAAAGGAAGGACAUCCUUCUCAAAAAUCCUUGGCCUUAAGAUGCACUUCUAGUUUGGCCAAGCUAAAAAAAUACAGACAAACUGUGAACCUGUGGGUGUGAGGCAAGUUAUGAUCUCGAACUGUUGCAGACAAAGGCUGUACGUAUACAGAUAGCAGCUGGAAGGUGUUAGUACUGAACAAGUACUUGUUACCAUUGGUAAAAUAGUUAUGCAAUUACAUCAUAAUCAUAGAUAUUGCUAUGACCUUGCCUAUUGCUAUUAAGCACUAAAGUUAUUUAGUUUCUAUGCACAUUGAGUACAAGUCUCAAUGUUUACAAUUUAAAUAGUUUUUUAUUCUUGUAGUAUUUAAUGCCAUGUUAUGAUAAUCAAUAUAGUCAAAAUUGACCUUGUGGUCAACUGCAGACAACAGUCAAUUUGAAUCCCCCCCCCUCCCCCGAGAACAACGGUCAGUAUAUGUGUAACUCAUUUUUCAACUGAGAACAACAAAAUAACAAUUAUUGGCUGCAGUCAUAAUGGCAAAGCUUGAACGCAUGACAAAGUCAAUAGAUCUUCAUUGCAGAUAAGGUGUUAAAACAUUAAUUAGCUGGCGAGUUGUUGUUAUUAGAUGGAUUUGUGCUUGUCUAUUAAGGAAAACCAGACAUUGAAUUGCAACUUUUAUAAUAAACAAAAUACAUUUUUACAAGAUUUCGGCGUCAUUUCUUUGAAUGAAAGCGAUACGGUUAUACCGUACUUUCGGUUGAAAGGGGCCUUUUCAAGUUUUGGUAAAUUUACAAAAUUUAAAAGUUGUUUCAGAUUCUCAAAUUUUCAUUUUAGUUAUGAUAUUUGUGAUGAAACAGUCAUACUGAACAUUUACCUAGCUCGAAAAUAGCCAAUAUAUGCAUCUUUUGGCGAUUUAAAAACCUGAAAAUUAUAAAGCGUUGCAACAUGAAACGAUUCAAUAAUUUGGAGAGUUCUUUUAUUUUAAAUUGUAUUCUCGAUUUUUCAGUGGAGCUUUUCAUUUUCAAUGUUUACAAUUAUCAACAUAAAGCAUUUAAUGACAAACUUCAAAAUAUGCAAAAAUCUGUGAAAAGGCCCCUUUAAGACAGCCAAUGCGCUUUUUAUACUUGUUCAGGCGUGAUGUCAAUUGCACGUUACAACCUUCAUUUGAAAAAUAUAUCUCAAUGAAUGUACAUGUAAUACGAACUGUCGGACUUACUGAAUGAACAAGAUGCAUGACAUGAUGAGUAAACAACAAUACUAUCGUUGAUAAAGUCAUAGAUUUAGUAAAAAAUAGGUAUGACAUUAAAUCUACAUACAAGAUAUUAUUUUGUAUCAUUCAAUAGAAAGUUAUUUUUGUUAUAAUGCUUAGUUAUUGGCGAUUUGUCUUUAUUUUACAAUGGAUGAGGUAACGACGUAGCUAAACUACUAACUGACCAACCAGCUAAAGAGGUGAUCUGAGAACUGCGGUCACUCGUCGACAACGGUCACUUUGGCCAUUUCCCUUGACUAACUGCAGUUCUCAGUUUUGACUGUAUUCAUAAAGCGAUAAUUUCUAAGCUUAUUUUCAGUACUUAAUUGUAUAAGAAUGAUUUCCUUCACUAUAAAUUAAAAUACUCUUGUGUUCAUUUUACACUAUUUUCCUUUUUCCACCAUGUUUAUGAUUUAAAUAAUGUGUGACAUCAUACAUUAAGAUGUGCAAAUGAUGUCAUCAUAGAACUUAUGUAAAUAAGGCUGAACUGUCCUUUAAACCUAAGUGUACUUUUGGUCACUCACAGAUGAAUUACUUUAAUAAACAAGGGCUGUUUGUAAAACAUGCAUGCCCCCCAUAUGGGCUGUCCGUUGUAGUGGCAGCCAUUGUGUGAAUACGAUUUUUGUCACUGUGACCUUGACCUUUGACCUAGUUACCUGAAAAUCAAUAGGGGUCAUCUGCGAGUCACGAUCAAUGUACCUAUGAAGUGUCAUGAUCCUAGGCAAAAGCGUUCUUGAGUUAUCAUCAGAAAAUCAUUUUACUAUUUCGGGUCACCGUGACCUUGACCUUGUGACCUCAAAAUCAAUAGGGGUCAUCUGCAAGUCAUGAUCAAUCUACCUAUGAAGUUUCAUGAUCCUAGGCGUAUGCAUUCUUGAGUUAUCAUCCGGAAACCAUUUUACUAUUUCGGGUCACCGUGACCUUGACCUUUGACCUAGUGACCUCAAAAUCAAUAGGGGUCAUCUGCGAGUCAUGAUCAAUGUACCUAUGAAGUUUCAUGAUCCUAGGCCCAAGCGUUCUUGAGUUAUCGUCUGACAACCACCUGGUGGACGGACAGACCGACCGACCGACAUGAGCAAAGCAAUAUACCCCCUCGUCUUCGAAGGGGGGCAUAACUAGAAAACUAAAUAAGACAAAAAUUGGAAAAGCAAAUCAGGUAACUAAAUGGCAGAUAAUUAAAUUGCAGAUAACUUAUUUGACGUGUGUACAACAGAUCCUAGAUAACUGUUAUUUUACUUCUGUAUGGAUGGUAGAUAUUAAAAAUAUGUACAACGGAUUGUAAAUUACUGAUCUUUAAAUUGUGUACAAUACUUCUGAUACUUCAGUGCGCAUAGAUAUAUAGAUAUAAAUAUGAAUUGUAGAUGUCGAUUUUUUGACUUGUGAAAAACACAUCAAAGCAUUAGAUUGAUUUAUGGACUAGUGAUACCAUUUACGGAUAACAGCUCUGAUAAAUGUUUACAUUAGUAGGUAAAUGAUUUUUACUUAUGACAGAUUAUUAAUAACUUUCAUGGAUUUGAUCUGACACAAUUUGUUGUGAAAAAAACUUUGAUAUAUUGAACAUAAACUUUGUUAAAUCAUUGCAAUAGAUUUUGUCACAUGGUGUGUUGGCACCGUCAUGAUACGGACCAGAAUGUCACUAUAUAGAGAGAAAUUAUAUAGCAGUGUUAUUCCAUCAAAUAGUACAUUUUUUUGAUGUUAUUGAAGCUGCCAUGUUUUACUGUCAGUAUUACCUCCAUAACUUGCAGCAACGCUUUAUUUCUUGAGUUCUAACACCAUUUUAUCAAUUCCAUUUUGUUUUGACCCAUGUUAUAAAGGGGUAUAGAUGUACAUUUGUGAUAAGUAGAUGUGUUGCAUAUCAUCCUGGUCAUGUAUGAUCACAUUGGUAAAGAAAUGUAUAUCAAUAUAUAUGGGCCAUGCUCUGUGAAAAUAGGGGUUUAUGUAGUGUUCUCCAAGAUGAGCCUGUGCAGUCCACAGUGGCUAAUCAGGAAAGAAACUUUCCCCUUAGAUGAUAUUUUUUGUUUCAAAAAAGUCUCUUCAUAGCAAAAAUUAAGUUAAGGCAGUAAGCGUCGUCCCUGAUUAGCCUGUGUGGAUUGACACUUUACCCGCAUGCAUUAAACCCCCUUUUCACAGAGCAUGGGUCAUAUGAAUUUAUAUAUUUAAUUCAAUAAUCUUUAGCUUGAUAUUUUAUUAAGUAUAUUUGUUUUAAAGAUAUAUCUCUUAGUAGUGUGCUAUUUAGUGUUUUGUUUUUUAAUUGUUUUGUAGCCAGUGUCCUUCAGAUUUGUUCAAUUUUAUAUCAUCUUGUUUAUAGCACUUUAUGUUUUUUAGAUAUCAUAUAUCUCAUUUUGACAAUUGAUCUAUUUUAAGUUUUUAUUUGUACG